AUGCUUUUAUGGUUGAUUCAGUUUGUGUAUGCAGCAUUUCCUUCGGAUAAGAUAACAAAUAAUGGUGCGUGUAGCACAACAGGAGGUAAACCAAGAAUGGUUUUUGACGUACAUGUGGAUGAAAGAGGCAUCAAUGAGUGUUCAAGUGCAGGUGCUAUGGAUAAAAAAACAGAGAAUAUGGAGGAAGGUGCGGAGAAAAUGGAUUGUUCUGAUGUAGGUACUGUGUACAAGCAAACAAGCGAAACUGAGAAAAUGGAUUGUUCUGAUGUAGGUACUGUGUACAAGCGAACAAGCGAAACUGAGAAAAUGGAUUGUUCAGAAAUGAGAGGAAUAUCUAACACACCUAAAAAAAAGUUUUUGAACAGGUUUAGAUCGGCAACAGAACAUGAGAAUGACGUGAAUAGGGAUGUUGGCAAUGAAAAAACAUGCAACAAUGCACCUAACGACGAACUGAGUUUUGAUAGAACUAAUAAGAUACACCCGUAUGCGUAUGAUAUGCGGCAGCGCAGUUCGAGAACACAAACAAUACCAACGGCAUCGUUGACUUGUUCGAAAGAACAAGAAAUGGAGGAUACAGUGACCGAUAAUUCUAUUUUUACACAGCACUCGUUUAAAAGCGUAAAUAUCGAUAACAAUGAUGGAAUGAAUCACAAAGAUUGUAAGACCUCACUCCCAAGUGUUUCGCAAAUUAGUAAGGGUGCCGGAAAAACUGAACCAUGUAUGGAGGGAGAAACAUCGUUGGUGUGUUCGUUGAUAAAUGAGAAGAUCGGUACUGGUAUAAACCGUGAAGACCAUGGCAGCAGAGAUAUAAAACGUUCCAAGGAAUGGCGAAUACCGAUGGAUGUAAGCAUGGAGGUAAUGCAGUCAAAAAGUGUGGUAACACGUGUUGAUGAGAGACACACGGAAGAACACUCAAUGCAUGUGGAUGAAAAUCACUCGGAGAAACGCUCAGAACAUGUGGACGAAGAGGAUGGAUCAAAGAAUCCCCAUGGGCGAGUUACAAGUCCUUUCACAUUAUACGUCCGUGUUUUGGAAAAUUUUUGGGGUUGUAGUGGGCACUGCCUCUCUGAUAAUGACAGGACACGCGAACAAACAUAUACACAAAAUAAAAAGAAAACAUCAGCGGAUAUGACAGGAGAUCAUGCUAAAGAUAAACGUCAUGCACAAAGCAUCUUUGAUGCUAUUAAUACACGUGAUAAUACUGAAUGUUUGAUGGAUGACGAGGAGGAGCACCCGUUUGAUCGAUCUAACAUGCGGUAUACAAAGAAUGCCAAGCAAGCUUCUCAACGAAUUGAACAGGUAAAGACACGUUUACGUACGUUCAUAACAAGUGGAGAUAAUGUAGUAAAAGAAUCAAUGGGUAUAUUUUCGUGGAAUAUAGAUAAUUUACUGCUUUUUGAGCUGAUAAAUAAUUUUCGUCACAACAAUAUAGACGAUAUGGAGGAACUUAUCCGCCAAAGGAACAUGCUCAUCGAAAUUUUAACACUGAACAAUUUUUGUCGCAACACUUUUGUAGGCUUAUGCUUCAAAUCAUUGUUUGUCAACCAGGCAUACAUAUUUGCCAACCACGAACUCGGACACAAGCUUGCCAUUUUUCCCGAAUUUUCGUGGCUGAGCGAUGUCAUAAAUAAAACGGAUGUAAAGCAAUUAAAACAUAAAACUGCAGAUCUGGUUGUGGCAUUCUAUGUAAUGGGAAAAUUUGAACAAUUCAUGGAAGCGAUUGUGCUAGAAUAUACUUGCAUAAGGAAAAAAGAUAUGAAUAGUGAUUAUAGUACAAAAGAAAAGGUCAUAAAUGGGAAUGACAAUGCAUUCAGGGUUAAAAGUGUGAUAAAAAGAACAAAAACGGUAAAUAAUGAUGUAAACAUGGAAAGCGAUGGAAACCAAGCAUCCAAUAACAGAAAAGAUGGCAAUGUGAAAGGUAAGGGUUACCGUGCAGGGCAUAGCACAGGUGAGUACAUGCACCCGGCCGAGUACGAAGAAUGCACUGUGAAUGAAUCUCGUGAUGAAGAACCGAUUAAAAACCACAAACAAGACACGAAUGACCAAGCAGUACACAAGAACGCACAAACACAUAUCAUUUACUUCUUAACACAGAAUCAAAAUUUAAACAAAUUAUUUGUGCGCGAGUUCUUCAUGCUCUAUCUCAUCAAUCUGUUUCUUUCUGAUUCGUAUUUUAUGAUGGCCUACGAAAACAUAACAAGGCUCAGUUUUGACUACUUUUACAAGAGGGAAGGUUAUAAAAUUGUUCUGAACAAGACAAGCGAUAGCUUUUAUGAUUUUAUGUUUUUUAAUCUGAUGAUUAUAGUGCCUACGUUACAUCGCUGUGAUGUUAUAGACCAACUCAUCAAAAUGAACAACACUUCGUACUUACCAGAAGAAUUUAAAAAGGCAUACACAGAUAUGCUCAAAAAUCAUGUAUUAGCGUCUAAAUUCUGCACCAAAUUACGAAAUAACCUGGUGGGCACUGAAUCAUCGAUGGUCGACGCAUCGUACCAUGAGCAAAUGGAAAAUGUGUACACGUCAAGGAAGUUUGUGUAUGCCGGUAGUAUCACAUACAAUUUACUGGUACAUGCAUUUAAUCUUGGCUACGAUUUGUGCGAACGUAAUAGGCCAAAUAAGUUUUUUUAGCGCAGAUCCAGCAUAUAGCAAUUAUUUUUUGUGCUUUAGCGGUUUGAAGAUGAUUAUUCGUUUCUUGUGGUUUUAUCCAGAUUAAAAAUAUAGUUUACCA